ACAAUGACAAUUAUUUGCCUCUUCCUCUCACACACAUUCUGCAACAUAAAACUGCGGCUGGUUUUUUGUUUUGGUUUAAUAUUUUAUAAGUAUUACGUUGCAAUGGCAGCAUCUGCUGUUUUGAAAAUAGAGCAAGAUGUCGAGACUUGUUGCUUGUGUGGUAAUACUGGCGAGCUCCUAUCGCCAGAAGAGCAUGACACAAACACGGCGCCGAUGCAGAUGCCGCUUCGCGCGAUGUUGCUGCACCUCAACAACAACAAGGUUGUGCCAGAGGGACGCAUGUGUGGCGACUGUAUUCGUCGAGCGAUCGAAUCGUACGAGUUCAGUAGCUCAUUGUCAUCUAAAGGAGUGCCUCCCUUGAGUGAGAAGAUUCGUGCUCUACGGCGUCGCUUGCACGAGCUCACACAGAAGAUAGAUGUGUUCAUUGUGGUCGGCGGUCCAGGGGCCAAUGCGGGGGGCACUUAUAGCGAGGAUGACAUUAUCAUGGUGGAGAAAGACGCGCUAGCUGCGGCAGCUGCGGCCGAUGAUGAAGACAUGGAGCGUGCGAGGAAUGCUCGCGGGGACACUGUGUAUCAGUGCUCUGUUUGCCCCCAUUCAUUCCAGCGAGUGUCGGAGUACCGCGCGCACAUGUCCCAGCACCCCGCGGACGCGCUGCACUCGUGCUGGACGUGCGGCGCGCAGUUCGCGGCCAGGGAGGCGCUGCGCGACCACGCCGACACGCACGCCGAUCAGGGAGCGUUGGUUUGCUACCUGUGUUCUACUACCUUCCAGUGUGUGUGGGAGCUGCGUCGCCAUGAAGGCACAUGCGCGGGCGCGUGCCCGGGCUGCGGGGCCUGGAUCGGAGACCGCGUGGCCCUGUCAGCCCACGUGUUGUCGACGCACGCGCGGGAGAGUCCGUGCGUGUGCGCGGCCUGCUUCCGUCGCCUGGAGUCGCCGGAGGCCCUGGCGGCGCACAUGUUGCGGCACCGGCAGGCCAAGCAGUAUGUCUGCGGGUACGAUGGGUGCAUCCUGCGGUUCGGGACCAGGGGUAACUUGAUGUCCCACAUCCGCAAGUGCCACGCGGCCGCCGCCGACGACGCGCCGCCCGCGCCCACCACCUGCGCCGUCUGCGCGCGCACGUUCGGGUCCGUGGCGGCCAUGAAGCGUCACGCGCGCGUCCAUAAACGCGACCAAGAACAGGAGGUGAACGAUACAAAGGUCGAAGAAUCCGCUAUGGAUGGCUUAGAAGAAGAAGUUGAAUACCUCGAGGUGGAAACUCUAGAAGAUCCCGACUAUCGCGACGAAUGACUACAUUAUUAGUUACACUAAAACAUAGAAACAGUCACACGAGACUAAGACUUUGACCAUUAGCGAAGCUAAGGAUUUUUCCAAAGGGGGGGGGGGGGGAAUUAUGUCAUGGAUUGAGACAAUGUAUUUUUUAUUUUAUUCUGAAAACAUGUUAGGUUCCGGAGGGAUUUUCAUAAAACUGUAGUUAGAGCGAGCGAAAUUGCUGGCAGCUGCUACUUCUAAAACCUAAUUUCCAUUUUCCAAUACUCGAAUCUUCUACUACAUCCAUGACUAUAACUUCAUACGAGACUAGGAUUCUGACUGCCCAUGAGACUAAGACUGUGGCCGCACUCGAUAUUAGGACUGUGGGCACACACGAUACUAGGACUGUAGCCGCACACGAUACUAGGAUUGUGGCCCCACACGAGACUAGGACUGUGGCCGCACACGAAACUAAGUCUGUGGUCGCAUACGAGACUAGGACUGUGGUCGCAUACGAGACUAGGACUGUGGUCGCAUACGAGACUAGGACUGUGGUCGCACAGGAGACUAAGUCUGUGGCCGCAUACGAGACUUGGACUGUAGUCGCAUACGAGACUACGACUGUGGUCGCAUACGAGACUACGAUUGUGGUUACGAGACUAGGACUAUUGUAUGAUGAAGUCAUAGUAUUAAAUUAAAUGGUAUGGAGGAAACCUAGUUUGUAAAAAGUGAUUGAUUCAUCAAAUUCGUUUCAUGUAAAACUAAUAAAAUACAUUAUUGCGAAAGUCUGCAUUUAGGAAAUACAAGCAAUUUGUCAGUAAUAUGUUGAAAGCUCAAAGAGACAACAAGUACUCGUAGAAAAUGAAUUCGUAAGUUUAUCAUCAAGAUUGUUACAUAUAUGAAUACAAAGUAUCAGUUGAAGAAUUUACAUGAUUUCUGAAAGAUAUUAUAAGCAUACCGACAUGUUUGCGUUUAGCGUAACAAAGAUGUAUAAUAAAAUGAUCUUUAAGUGUCCUAUUUGUUCAGUAAGUAUGUAUAAUUGUUAAGCAAACGGUUUAUUGCUAUGAAAUAGAUGAGAAUGAUGUAAUUAUAUUUUAAUAUAAAUAAAAUAUAGAAGUAAAA